AUGAGUGAGGAAGAAGGAGUGAGUGAAACGAAUUCUGGUGAAAAAGAAUCCCAAUCGGAAUCAGGAGCCAAUGGAGUAGAACAUACUGAAAACUCUUUGAUUAAAGAGGAUGCUGUUCAUUUUCAGGAUUCUGAAGAUGAACAUUUCGAAGAAGCCCAGUCAGAAAGACCUGGAGAGGAACCAGAGACCAAAGAGGAGCCAAAAAAGACUCAAGAAGAAGGUGAGGAGUACGUGGUUAUAUUAGAAGAGGAAGAAAACAAAGUGGUGGAUGAACCAGAAGUGGUUCAAGAAAGGGUUUCACGAAAGCAGCAGCAGGAUGAUCAAAUAUCCGGACUGGCCGAAAUGAAGACUCCUGCUAAAGAGAACGACGGCUUCUUCUGUAACAUGAACGGAACCUCCUCUGUUUCGCCAAAUGAAUUCAGUCAAGGAACGGAGCCUAGCAGUCGCGUGGUUUCCAAUGCUAUUCCCUCGAUGAACUCACAUGCAAACGAUCGACUUGGUGCAGCAAUUAACGAAUUCGCUGCACUGACUACACAAGACGACGACAAACAUACUCCACAGCCUACAAUAUAUCAGCGUCGUACAAACCCACCACAACGUUCCAUUUACCAUCGAAGCCCAUCCGACAGAAAAGUUGCCGUGCCCAGUUGGUACACGCCCCCGAGCAAACCAAUCACUAAUAUUGUUCCAGCUCCACCACCAUACGAACAGCCCAUGCAACAUGGAUACCAGACGAUUGAUGCAGCGCAGAGCCACUCUGUCACUAGCCCGACUCGAAAAAUAUCCAACAACACACCGUACGUUGGGUCACACGUUAUCGCUUCAGAGACGGGACCAUCACUAACAGUGCUUCUGCGUCGACCCACUUCUGAACGCCAGUGGGGUUUUAGUUUCUACGGUGGAGCAGAAUUUGGCUGUCCGCCAUUCGUCAAUAAAGUUACGAAAAACGGUUUGGCAUUUCAACAGGGCGUUGAAGUCGGUGACGUGAUUGUAAGUAUUUGCAAGACGUUGACGGUGGGCAAAACACAUGACCAACUGAAAGCGGAAAUUCUCCGAGCUGGAAAUGAUCUCGAUUUGGUGCUGAUUCGAAAGGGAGUGGAUCUUGAAAAACUAGCACAAAUUGUUCCUCAAGUGUUCCAGUGCGCUGCUCGAAGCCCUCCAUCGAGCAUUUCCUGCGGAAGUGCAGAUUAUGCACAAGCGGAAAGCCCCCGGACACGAUCAGGUCAGUCAUUGACUCGAGGGCGUUCGUUCCGUUCAGUCAAGACAAAAUCGAUUCGAAUUUUGGAGGAGCAAUUGUCUGGUGGCCAGAGUCCCAGUUCGGCUGUGGCCACUAAGCAGCACCUUCAAGGAGCCAGAGGACUUCCAGCUGCUGGAUCCAUGAGUUCCUAUACAACCGCUUAUGGGCAAAAUGUAAGUCAGGGUUAUUCCGGCCGUCAGAUUGUCAUUAAUCCAACGAAUGCAGGACAUCUUAGUGCGCCCAAUGAUUUGGCUGCAACGUAUGGACAGCAGUAUCCAAGCCAACCCAACUAUGGAUCUGAUAUAUCGAGUCACUAUGCCGGCAACCAGCGAGGAAUGUGGGAGACGCGCUCUGAUUAUGGGGUUGGAAACGCUGGUGGUGGUGGUGGUUGGUCUGGUUCCGUGAGUCCUCACGGACAGCAGAUAUAUCACUCACCGGAUAACCCAGGCAAGUCCAACUGCCUCUGA